CGGUCAGCCCAUUAUCGGUUACGAUGUUGCUUCGUGCCACCCUGUUGCUCCUUCUCGGCAUAUCGACGGCCCUUGGACAGUUGUCUGGUCGUGUUGGCCCCACCACAUCCUCGUCGGCGAAGCGUAAUACCAUUUGCAACGUCCUCGACUAUGGAGGCUCCGUCGGAUCUAACGACAUUGGACCUGCUAUCCAGUCUGCGUUCAACAGUUGUGUUCUGAAGAACACCGGCUCCACGCUGUACAUCCCCGCAGGCAACUACAACAUGGCAACUUGGGUUACCCUCGAGGGCGCGAGCCAAUGGGCCUUGCAACUCGAUGGAGUUAUUACUCGUACAGCUACCACCGGCGGACACAUGAUCAUCGUCGAAAAUGCAAAUGACUUUGAGAUGUACUCCAGCAAUAGCGCGGGAGCCAUCCAAGGAAACGGCUACCAAUGUCGCAACGCCGGGCCUCGUCUCCUGCGCAUAAUCACUUCAACGAACUUCUCGCUCCACGAUCUCAUCUUCGUCGACUCGCCUGAAUUCCAUGUCAUCCUUGACAACUCGCAGAAUGGCGAGGUGUACAACCUCGCAAUCCGCGGCGCUGCCAUCGGCGGGUCAGACGGAAUCGACAUGUCCGGCUCGAACAUCUGGGUCCAUGACGUAGAGGUCACGAACGGCGACGAGUGCGUCACGAUCAAGAACCCAUCUUCCAAUCACCUCAUCGAGCAAAUUUGGUGCAAUCAGAGCGGCGGCUCUGCCAUCGGCAGCUUGGGCACCGGCACCACGAUUGAGAACAUUUUGUAUCGCUACGUGUACUGCGUCGGUGGGAACCAGAUGUUCAUGAUCAAAAGCAAUGGUGGCGAUGGCUAUGUCAGUAACGUUGUAUUUGACAACUUCCUAGGCUUGGGAACAGCCUACGCACUGGAUGUUGAUGGAUACUGGUCUUCCAUAUCUACCAUCGCCGGCAAUGGCGUCCAGCUCACGAAUAUCACGUUCUCCAACUGGGACGGGUACAUCGUCGACGGCGAGCGCCGCUCUGCGUACCGCAUCCUCUGCGCAGACAACGCGCCGUGCACCGAGAUGAACAUCGAGAACGUCCAGCUCUGGGCGAGCAACAACGUCGGCACGUACGCAUGCCGGAGCGCGUACGGCACCGGCACAUGCCUCGAAUCUGGGAGCGGCGGCGGCUACUCGCAGGUGACCGAAAGCUACACGGAACCCGCGGCGUACUCGAGCCCCCCGACCAUGAGCGGGAACCUCGCGUCUGGCUUUGCGACGAACUCACCGAUCCCUAUCCCGUGAGCUAGUUCUGC